GUCGACUCUCCUCCUCCUCGGAUGCUGUCUGACCUGCUGCGCACUUCUAGCAACCACACUGUCGAACUCGAAUCUCCAGCAUCUGCAGUUCUCACAUUCGCCUUCGGGAAACACGGACUACAAAGUCCAUACGUCAGCGCGGGGCGUUGCGUCAAGCCUCGGGAGCGGCCGCACCUGCGCGCAAUGCCCUCCGGGUUUUGUAGUCCAGUUCCUUCCGGGACGCCAGCGGAACGGACGGGGUUAAGUGCCGGUAGAAACUACAACUCCCAGGGAUCCAAGGUGAGGCCAACAGGAGAUCCUCCCAGCAAAACCACGCGAAAAAAUCCAAUCCACCGGCCUUUCGCCAAAAUUGACGUGUACAUUAUGGGGGUGAAAUAACAUUUUCGCGGGAUCGUUCUGUUUUUCCCUCGGGAGGUGGAGGGGGUGACCUUUGGAGGAGGGGCGGGGAUUCAAAAUGGCGACAGCAGCUGUCACCGGGCCUGACUCCAUAUCCCAGAAGGCUUGUCGCCACCACACUGCACGCCGGGAGAUGUAGUCCGCUAGGCCGGAUGUUAGACAGGAAGUGGACGGGUCAGCUCGCCGUGAAAGCACUACAACACCCGGCGUGCAUUGCGUGGACCGGAAGGCGCGCCGCCUCGUCGUUGUUUAUUGUUGUCGGUCGAUGGAGGUGGCUGAAGGAGGAGGCGCCGCCGCCGCCGCCGAGUGCGGGGCCCUGAGGUCGUCGGCCCGCGGCCUGAGCCGGUCGUACGGCAGCACGGCCCGGGGCCCGGCGGCCGGGCAGCGGCACCUGGAGCACCGCCCGCGGCCCGGGGACACUCUGCAGGGGCUGGCCCUCAGAUACGGAGUCAGCACCGAACAGAUUAUGCGGGCAAACCGCCUGUACGCCAACGAGUCGAUCUUCCUGAAGGAGUGCCUGCGCAUCCCUGCGCCAAAGCAGGAGGCCUUACAGAACGGGAGCAGGGCCCCAGACCAAGCAGCGGCCAGCUCCGCGCCGACCUUUGAACCCCUGAGCGCUGAACUUUCGCCCAGUGACUUCCUGAAGAGGCUGGAUUCCAAAAUCACCCAGUCCAAGGCAGCCGCCAUCCGCAAGCUCAGUGAUGGAGCAGACAGCAGGCUGGAUGGGGCUGUGGUUGGCAGUGCCAGUACCUCAGUGGGUAGCAGCAGGCGACUGGAGCAGACCCUGGCAUCGCGAACGGUCUCAGCGCAGUGGGCACGCCUGGGCCCCGUGCGCUUGACCAAAACCACCCGGGUCACCACCUUACGGGAGACGGAGGACGAGAUCUUUGACCUUUGACACAGCUUCCCCCACCACCCCUCCCACCCAGCUCGGGUAGUGGGAGCGAGUCUGCAUCUGGGUACGAAAUGAACCUGCCCCCCCCCCCUCUCCCUCCGCUGGACAGUGAACCACAAAGCUGCCAGCCGGCUGCGUUUCCCUUAAUUUAUGAGUUUCCUUUUCGUAAAAUGACAGAAACGCAGAGCUCCUUGACUCCAGGGACUCUGCUUUGACAUGGACACAGCUGUCCACAGCACACAUUCAUGUCUGAUAUCACGCAUCAGAGCGGGGUUGGAGAAAUUUCCCCCCCCACCCCCAAACCGAUGAGCCAUUGCUGAAACUGUGGAGCGACUGAACAAUUCUUCCGGAGGGGCCCGGCGAGGAAUUCCGAGCGUGCGUUUAUCCCCGCAGUGUCACGGGGCAGGCUGUGCAGUCUCUGUCUCGGAAAUGUGAUCGUCCAGGAAGAAAACUUUCACAAUGCGUUUUCACAAAUUGGUCCUGCUGUUCUGUCACGGUCUCCGUGAGAGUCCCUCAGUCACUGUCUCGCCCUCUCUCCCCCACUCUCCCUCUGACGCUGUCGGAUCCGCGCACUCACACUCUCUCUCUCUCUCUUUCUG